CGCCGCGAGCGUCCCCAGGCCCCGGCCAUGCGGUCCCUGCUGCUCCUGGCCCCGUUGGGCUGGCUGCUUCUGGUCCCAGCGAAGGGUGAUGGCAAGCCGGAGGACAACCUGCUAGUCCUCACGGUGGCCACCAAAGAGACGGAGGGCUUCCGCCGCUUCAAGCGCUCUGCCCAGUUCUUCAACUACAAGAUCCAGGUGCUCGGCCUGGGGGAGGACUGGCAUGAGCAGACGGGGCUGUCGGCAGGUGGAGGGCAGAAGGUUCGGCUGCUGAAGAAAGCUCUGGAGAAGCACGCGGACAAGGAGGACCUGGUCAUUCUCUUCACCGACAGCUAUGAUGUGGUAUUUGCGUCGGGACCCCGCGAGCUCCUGAAGAAGUUCCGGCAGGCCAGGAGUCAGGUGGUCUUCUCAGCCGAGGAGCUCAUCUACCCAGACCGCAGGCUGGAGGCCAAGUACCCGGUGGUGUCCGAUGGAAAGAGGUUCCUGGGCUCUGGAGGCUUCAUCGGCUAUGCCCCCUACCUCAGCAAACUGGUGGCCGAGUGGGAGGGCCAGGACAGUGACAGCGACCAGCUCUUUUACACCAAGAUCUUCUUGGACCCGGAAAAGCGGGCACGGAUCAACAUCACCCUGGAUCACCGCUGCCGCAUCUUCCAGAACCUGGAUGGAGCCUUGGAUGAGGUCGUGCUCAAGUUUGAAAUGGGCCAUGUGCGAGCGCGGAACCUGGCUUACGACACCCUCCCUGUCCUCAUCCAUGGCAAUGGACCCACUAAGCUGCAGUUGAACUACCUGGGCAACUACAUCCCACGCUUCUGGACCUUCGAGACGGGCUGCGCCGUGUGUGACGAGGGCCUGCGCAGCCUCAAGGGCCUUGGGGAUGAUGAUCUGCCCGUGGUCCUGGUUGGCGUGUUCAUCGAGCAGCCCACGCCAUUCCUGUCACUGUUCUUCAAGCGCCUCCUGCGCCUCCACUAUCCCCGGAGACAGAUGCGGCUUUUCAUCCACAACCACGAGCAGCACCACAAGGCCCAGGUGGAGCAGUUUCUGGUGGAGCACGGUGCUGAGUACCAGUCUGUGAAGCUGCUGGGCCCCGAGGUGCGGAUGGCGAAUGCGGACGCCAGGAACCUGGGCGCAGACCUGUGCCGGCAGGACCGUACCUGCACCUAUUACUUCAGCAUGGAUGCCGACGUGGCCUUGACUGAGCCUGACAGCCUGCGGCUGCUGAUUGAGCAGAACAAGAAUGUCCUCACCCCACUGCUGACGCGCCACGGGAGGCUGUGGUCCAACUUCUGGGGGGCGCUGAGCGCUGACGGCUACUACGCCCGCUCCGAAGACUACGUGGACAUCGUGCAGGGGCGGCGGGCCGGUGUCUGGAACGUGCCAUACAUCUCGAACAUCUACCUGAUCAAAGGUAGUGCUCUGCGGGCUGAGCUGCAGCACCCCGACCUGUUCCACCACAGUAAGCUGGACCCGGAUAUGGCCUUCUGCGCCAACCUCCGGCAGCAGGAGGUGUUCAUGUUCCUGACCAACCGCUAUUCCUUUGGCCACCUGCUCUCCCUGGACAGCUACCAGACCACCCACCUCCACGGCGAUCUCUGGGAGGUGUUCAGCAACCCCGAGGACUGGAAGGAGAAAUACAUCCAUGAGGACUACGACAAGGCCUUGGCGGGGAAGCUGGUGGAGAUGCCUUGCCCAGAUGUGUACUGGUUCCCCAUCUUCACGGAGGUGGCUUGUGACGAGCUGGUGGAGGAGAUGGAACACUACGGCCAGUGGUCCCGGGGCGACAACAAGGACAACCGCAUCCAGGGUGGCUAUGAAAACGUUCCCACCAUUGACAUUCACAUGAACCAGAUUGGCUUUGAGCGGGAAUGGCACAAGUUCCUGGUGGAAUACGUUGCCCCCAUGACGGAGAAGCUAUACCCAGGCUACUACACCAGGGCCCAGUUUGAUCUGGCCUUCGUGGUCCGCUACAAGCCUGACGAGCAGCCCUCGCUGAUGCCGCACCACGAUGCCUCCACCUUCACCGUCAACAUCGCCCUGAACCGGGUCGGGGUGGAUUAUGAGGGUGGGGGAUGUCGCUUCCUGCGCUACAACUGCUCCAUCCGAGCUCCAAGGAAAGGGUGGGCCCUGAUGCACCCCGGACGGCUCACGCACUACCAUGAAGGGCUCCCCACCACCAAGGGCACACGCUACAUCGCUGUCUCCUUUGUCGACCCCUAACUGGCCCAGCCCAGCCCACUUGAACCUGUCUUCUUGGCUGACAACCACUGCCCAGCAGCCCCUGGGGCCUCGGCGUCCCUGGGAAGCCAGCCGGUUGUCCUGUGGCUCCGGGAGCCACCAGCAGAGUGAUGAGUGAUGGGUGCAGGCCAAAGGCGAAGCUCACUCCCGGGACCCCAGACUAGGGCCUGGCGGGCCUCUCUGGAUCUGGCCACCGAAGCGCUGGGCACUUUCCUGCUUGGGAGGGACUCAUCCUUCCUGACCUGUCUUGAAGAACAGACGACCCCUCUUCCCACGCUUCUCCCCAAGGCGAGACUGGAGCAGCAAGGCGCUCUCCUAGCUGCCGGGAGGGGCACCGAGACCCCACAGCCACAUCUUGGGCUCCUCCCUCUUCCUGUAGCAGCCACAGUGACUUCGGUUUCCAGCUCCAGGUGGGCAGAGAGCUGGAUCAGCAACCAGUUUCUCACCCUGAGCUGGAGACUGCCAAAGCCUCUUCCCCUGGGGCUCCUGUCAGGGACACAAACUUGUCCAUGAUGGACGCAAGACCUUCCUGGGAGCCAGGAUGGGUAUGGGCACCCCAGCUCCAUCCUCACACAGCUGGACUCCUGCUGGGGCGGCGUCACCCCAUGUCCACACACUGCCACGGGUCACCCUGUCCUCACUGCCUCCAGACAGAGAGACAGUCGGUCAGCAAUAGUUUCUAUUAAAGGUUCU